AUGGACGAACUUACCUCCAUUGUUGCCAUUCUCGAACAACAGUUAGGCCCUAGGACCGAGGACUUCGGCAUCCUGACAUUUGUCUGGUUGUCCGUUUUCUUCGUUAACAUUAUUGCGAUCCUUCGACGUUCUGGUCUAUGCGGACACAACACGGUCCUUUACACAUUUAUUUCACCCAUCUUAUUGUGA